GGGGAUUCUGUGUGGUUCUGUGGGGGUGUGAACCUAAAAACCGGCCCCUCCAGCAGUAAACCCGGACAACACUCAUAGGUUCACAAGAACACGGAACAGCCCACUGACUCCUUCUACAUCACAUUUCAUCAUGCUCUCGGUAUCCGAGGUUACGUCUAGAGGCAGCUAUGAAGAGUGCCAGACCACAGCUGAUUGGCUCCGGUCCAACACGCAGAUCCGCCCGACUGUGGGAAUCGUGUGCGGUUCAGGCAUGGGGGGACUGGCUGAGAUGCUCAAGGACCCGCAGGCUUUCAAAUACAGCGACAUUCCCAACUUCCCCAAGAGCACAGUGCACGGUCAUGCCGGCCAGCUGGUGUUCGGAACACUAAAAGGGAGGCCUUGUGUUUGCAUGCAGGGCAGGUUCCACCUGUACGAAGGAUACCCCAUCCAGAAGAUCACGUUGCCCAUGCGCGUCUUCAAGCUGUUGGGAGUAGAGACGAUGAUCCUGACCAACGCAGCCGGAGGCCUCAACCAGGACUACAAAGUCGGAGACGUCAUGGUCCUCAAGGACCACAUCAACAUGCCGGGGUUUGCUGGAAUCAACCCACUGGCUGGACCCAACGAUGACAGGUUUGGCGUCCGUUUCCCCUGCAUGUCUGACGCCUACGACCGAAAGCUUCGGCAGCUGGCACACGACGUGGCAGAGGAGCUGGGCUACAGCGACUUCCUGAGGGAGGGGGUGUACUGCGUCCUCGGAGGGCCCUCCUUUGAAACCAUCGCCGAGUGUCGCAUGCUGCACAGGCUGGGCGCCGACGCCGUGGGCAUGAGCACCGUGCACGAGGUGAUCGUCGCCCGCCACGCCGGCAUGCGCUGCUUCGCCCUGUCUCUGAUCAGCAACCGCGCCGUGAUGGACUACGACAGCGAGGAGAAGGCCAACCACGAGGAAGUCCUGGAGACGGGCAGGCAGAGGGCCGACCAGCUGGCCAGGCUGGUGUCCACCAUGGUGUCCCGGCUGGGGAACGACAACAACAACUCCUUCUGAACUGCACAAUCUUGAACUUGCUCGGUCCAGCGCUAGAAAGUCGUUUUAAACCGCCUGGCUACGGUUUCUUGGCAAAAAAAAACAAACAAAAAACAACUGUUUUUAAUAACUGUUACUUUACUGUUACUUUACGUCUUAUGAUCCUCCAAUCUGGUCCACGUUUUAAUACAUUCCUCUACCGUCCACAGUCACAUUUUUUACAAAUUCCUUCUGCCAUAUCCUGCACUGCAUCCAGCUCUCUAGUGUUUCAACGAAACAGCAUCAUCUUAUUAUUUCUGAUCUCAUUUGUAAAAUAUUAAUCGUUUCAGUUCUUUCACAUUCCCUGAUAUCGACUCAAAACAGAAGAGGACCAACUCACUGUGUCUUCAUCAGACAAUGACCAAAGUGGAAAUGUGUCGUUUUGUUGAAGAGGUGUAAAAUAUUAUUAAGAUAUUUAUGAGAAACGUAUUUAAGUAGUGUUUAUUUUUUUGAUAUUGUUUGAUGGAGCAAGAAAGGGACAACAUCCAGCGUGGGACAGUUACUAAAAUCUGCAGGUUUGAUCAAAAUGUCUCGCCAUGUCUCAUCACUGUACUAACUAACCGACUGGACCGGGUGUUGGUCAGUCUGUACUUUUAGAGGUACUAAAACUUUUGCAAUAAAUUAUUCAGCUUGAAAACAAA